CUUUUUGUAACUGGCUCAGGGAGAAGCCCAUCUGAGGAUCUAGUUUAUGAUUCGGUCUCCCAACGAGGGGGCGGUGCCUAUAGUAUGGAUAAUAAGCCCUGAGGGUCGUCUUCUCCCUCUCCUAUUCCUCUCCAACAGCUAGGUUACAACGGUCCCAGUAAGACUCAUUUUAACCCAGGGUUGGGGGAGCUUUGAGAGACACCAGCUUAAUGUCAAGUUCUUGGCCGCAAGUACCCACAGAGUGCCAUAUAUAGGUUUCUCUACCCCUUCACAGCAUCUGUAUGACCUUUGACCCUCUGGUGACCUCUGACCUCUUUGGUUGGGCCCCGCCUCAGGGACCCAUUUGCUCAUCUGGUGUGGAGGGUAGCAAUGGAGCUGGGCAGCCACUUCCAGACCUUUGAGGACUUCAGAGAGUGCUUCAAUGCCUACAAGAGGAAGAACAAAUGCACCUUCGGUCUGAGGAACUGCAUCUCCGUCCGCUUCCAUAACCUCAACCAUGGCACCUCCAUCCGUGAGGACAUCACAUAUAUGCAGGUGAAAUUUGUUUGUACCCGGGCCCAAUCAUACAGAAAGCAGAAGCUCGAGGCCAACAUGUGCCCAGCAUACUUAGUCCUGCAAUAUGAUGAGGAAUUGGAUAGACUAUUUAUCAGUGAACUGAACACUCAGCACAUCCAUGUUGAAACCAAAACUGCUACUGUCCCACAGGCUGGCUCUUCUCCUGGACAAAGAAACUUAGAACUGUGUAAGAAGUCCCAGGCAGAUCCCUCCGGCAAAUUUCAGUCAAAACUGUGGUGUAUGGACUCCGAGCAGGGGAAAAGCACCUCUGAGGAUGCUGGGAUGGACAAGAAAUCCUUAGCUGAGCCCUCCUCUUUCCCCCAUGAAGACCCUGUUCUUCCUGAAUUGAAGCAAGAAGGCAUCACCUCUUUAGACUUGGCUCAUGUGGCAGAAGUCAUGAAGAAUUUCCUCAAGGCAGACAUGGGAUCCAUGGCCUCUCUCAGUGUGGGCAGCAACCAAGACCUUGAUCGAUUCAGUUUCCAGAGCAGCAAGAUGCAGGAUCUUUUUGUUCGCUUCCCAGAAAACCUCCUGCUGCACAGGGUAGAAAAUGCGCAUGGUCAUGUGCUUUAUGCCUUUCUGGUGGAAAGCAAGGAGCGGGAGGGACGGGUGGUACAUUUUGCAGUGCUCAGGGAAGAGACCGCUUCCUCUGUCGCCAAGAUGCUGAGUGUCUUCACUGAGUUCAAUUCUGACUGGUCCAAAGUCAGGGUCAUUUUUGUGGAACCAUCCUUCCAGCACCGGGAUGUGGUGCAGGAGUUGUUCCCAUUAGCUCGUGUGCUGCUCUCCAUUUACCACACAACCCGACUCCUAGAGAAGAAGCUGCAAAGGAGCCGGGCCAGUCAAUCCUUCAAGCACCUGAUGAAGGAAGCUUUGCGGGAAGCGGUUUUUGUUGCCUCAAGCCCUGGCCUACAGAAACUGUCUAAAAUGGCAGAAACCCUCUUAGACAAGGAUCUCUAUAGCUACCUACAAGUUCACUGGUUCUCUUGUGAGCUACUUUGGUAUAUGCAUGCCAGGAAGGGUCUUCAUGCCUGUAGUACUUACAUGGAUAGCCUUGACUUAGUUACAAGCAAAGUAUCUAGUCUCUUCAGGGAACAGCAGUCCCUGGUGGGCUGCAUUUUGCGCUUUGUGGAUUAUGUUGACUUUUUCAACACCAAACGACCGAAGAACUUGUCCCAACCUCUCCCUAGUGGGGAGAGGGCUAAGCCAAAGGGUUAUGUUCCCUUGAGACCCAAGGGAGCCACAGAGAGUUAUGUAUCUAACCUAUCCAAGACCUCCAAGCUCCCUAAUGAAGCCACCUCCCUGCAUCCUCAGCAGCAGACACAGCAAAAGCCACAGGCCUUUGGAGAUAACAUGCUAGAGGCCUUGCACAAAAAUGGCUCUGAUCUUGCCUACCAGCUCUGCCAUAAUGAGUGGGAAGUUGUGCAGAAUUCUACCCAGCUGGUAGAAGUGGCUAGCUGUGCAACAGAGGUCCAGUUACUAGAGGAUUCCCACCAGGUUAGCAAGGACGGGUGCACUUGCAGUUGCUCCUUCCAACAGCGCUAUCACUUACCAUGUCGCCACAUCCUUGCGAUGCUCCACACCAACAAGGAGGCCGUGAGGGAGGCCAUGGUGUGUAGACGGUGGCAGAAACGGUACCAGCACCUCCUCGGACCCCAUGGGGAGCUUCGGGAUCCUGUCAAAGAUUUGAACAUCAACCAGGCCUGGGAAGAGGGUAGAGAAGAUGUGAUCCAGAGCCUCAGCAGCGAGCUGGCCAAUCUGCUGAUGCAGAGUGAAGGGGCGGAGCUGGAAGAACGCUGUUCCACUUUGGGGAAGAUUGUAGACAUAUGGGCUGAGCCUUGUGAGCUGACAGAGAUUGAUCAGCAAUUGGGAGAGUACAAUGAUGUGGGGCAUCUUCCUUUUCUCUGGGUGAAACAGGAGGAAGCUGAGAAACUCCUUCUUUCUGGGACCACAAUACUUCUAGACUGAGGCCCCUAAUAAAGCCAAAGACCUCUUUAGAAAGGAGAACAGGAGUGGGACUAGCACACACCAAAGCCCCUCCUUUCUUGUUUUGUCUUGUUUCAUCUCUUAUCUAAUUCCAGGCAGGGCAAUUGAUGAAUUGAGGGAUGAGACCCUACUUGUCCUUAGUUGGUCAGUACCACUAGUGUGUCUGUGCCCUUAUAGCUGGGACUAGAAGUUGGGCUGGCCCUCAGGAUUCGGAAAGGGCCUAAAUGCCCUAUUCCUUUUCUUGUCAUCCUUCUUGUCCCCAAGGUUGAAUGUGUUCAUAGUUGUGUUCCUGUUGAGGGAUUUCUUACACAGGUCUGUUCCUACCCACUCUGAGGCUGAAACUCCUAUUUCUCCAGAUAGAUCUACUUUGGGACCUAGCAAGGGAGUUGUUCAGAAAAGGAAAAAAGGUAGUUUCUGGAUAUUGCUGCUAUACAGAGAUUCUGUCACUAUACCUGUCCUUUUUUGCAACAUUAAUAAAAGUUUUUUUUAAA